AGAGAUUGGAAUCUGUGCUGUCAACAUGUCGCUGCAGUUACGCUCAGGAAUCUGACUGUUUUGGAAUCAAUGUCCUUCACACAAUGGCUUUCUUCAACUUGCUCUCAUCGAGUCUCAUCACACCACUGCUGGUUUACUCCCUAAUUGUGAUUUUCCUGCUGCAUGUCCUUGCUGGAUUGAGAAGCAGCUCACAACUGAACUACCCUCCGGGACCAACACCGCUGCCAAUAAUUGGCAACCUUCACCAGUUGGACCUGAAAAGACUUUACAAGUCUCUGGUUAAGCUGUCUGAGAAGUAUGGCACAGUAUAUUCAGUGAGACUUGGCCCGGAGAAAGUGGUGGUGCUGGCAGGCUAUGACACGGUGAAGAAUGCUCUGAUUAACUAUGCUGAUGAAUUCCUAGGCAGACCUGAUGUGCCAAUCAUGAACGUUCUUAAAGAAGGAUCUGGUGUGGUUUGGUCCAACGGUGAGCCAUGGAAACAGAUGCGAAGGUUCAUGCUGUCAACUCUACGGGAUUUUGGAAUGGGCAAAAGGUCCAUUGAAGAGAAAAUAAUCGAGGAGGCUGGGUUCCUGGUGGAAAGGAUUAAAUCAUACAAAGGUCAGCCAUUUGACACAGAUGUUAUAACAAACUUUGCGACGGCCAAUAUCAUCUGUUCCAUCGUUUUCGGAGACCGGUUUGAUUAUGACAACGAGACGUUCCUUAGGAUAGGAAACUUGGUUCAUGAAAGCUUCCGACUACUUGGUAGCCCCAUGGUCCAGUUGUUCAAUGCGUAUCCAUUUCUGAGGUUUCUGCCUGGGAGCCACAAAGAGAUCUGCACACAUUUCACAAAGCUGAAGAUGUGCUUGAAGAACAUCAUUGAAGUUAAGCACAAGGACAUGAAUGAAAACGACAUCAGGAGCUUCAUUGAUACCUAUUUCGUGAAGCAGAAAGAGGAGUCAGGAAACCCAGCCACGUACUUCCACGAGAAGAAUCUCCUGAUCACGACAAGUGAUCUCUUCAUCGCUGGGAUGGGCACCGCUGCCACAACCAUUCGCUGGGCCAUGUACAUCAUGAUGAAAUACCCAGACAUCCAGAAGAAAGUUCAGGAAGAGAUCGACAGAGUGAUCGGGUCAGACCGGUCGCCCAGAAUGGAGGACCGCAAGCACAUGCCCUACACAGACGCAGUCAUUCACGAGGUCCAGAGGUUUGCCAACAUUGCCCCACUCGGCAUCCCACGAUCGACGACCGUUGACGUCAACUUCCAAGGUUACUUUAUCCCCAAGGGAACGUACAUCAUUCCGUUACUGGCCUCGGUGCUCUAUGAUAAAACGCAAUGGGAAAAGCCUGACGAGUUCAACCCAGGUCACUUCCUGGAUGCGUCCGGCAAGUUUGUGAAGAGAGAUGCCUUCAUUCCUUUCUCCACAGGGCGCAGGAUCUGUCCCGGAGAGACGCUGGCCAAAGUGGAGCUCUUCCUGUUCUUUGUUACCCUGCUCCAGAAGUUCGACCUGGUCGUUCCACCCGGAGGAACCGAACUUGACCUCACGCCCGUGGUGGGCGGAAUACUGAAUCCAAAGCCACACCAGCUGUGUGCCAUACCUCACCAACAACGCUGCUGACCAGGCCUGUCAUUCUCAGAACUGACCAGUACAAAGACUAAUGGGUUUUACUGUGUUCAGUAUUACUUGUCCAUGAGGUAUGAGUGCCUGGGUGUUGACCUGCAGAAUUGUCUCUCUUUCAUUGCCUGUGAUUUCUUUCACAUUUAUCCGGGCUAGUUUAAUUACCAAAGAGGGGAAUAAAAUGGAGUGUUGAUGAAAAGA